GCCUCUUGUUGUUCGGCUGCGUCGCCUUUAAGUGGUGUUGGGUGUAGGCUGUGAAACUAAAACUGAAGAUAUUAAAACAGACGGGAAACUUUGAAGGAGACAAACUGUGAAUGGGACAUUGAGACUUCGGUCCAAACACAUUUGUGCUCUGCUAUCGGUGAUGGUGGUGGUGGUGGGGGGACUGCAGGGCUCCUGAUGCUGUCGUCAUGGUGAACGAUGUUCCGGAAAGUCAAAAAGCGCCACAGCAGCAGCAGCUCGCAGAGCAGUGAGAUCAGCACCAAAAGCAAGUCUGUGGACUCCAGUUUGGGAGGCCUCUCCAGAUCGAGCACGGUCGCCAGCCUCGACACCGACUCCACUAAGAGCUCAGGUAACAGUGCAUCUGACACGUGUGCCGAGUUCCGGGUGAAGUAUGUGGGAGCCAUCGAGAAGCUCCAGUUCGACAUGAGCAGGAUCCUCCAGGAGCCGCUGGACCUCAUCAAUUACAUCGACGCUGCUCAGCAAGAUGGAAAGCUGCCCUUCGUCCCCGGAGACGAGGACAUGGUCCUGGGCGUGUCCAAGUACGGCGUCAAAGUGGCCUCAGUGGACCAGUGUGACGUGCUGCAUCGUCACCCUCUGUACCUGAUCGUGCGUAUGCUGUGUUACGACGACGGACUCGGCGCGGGGAAGAACCUGCUGGCUCUCAAAACCACUGAACCAAGUCAAAGAGAAUGCAGUAUUUGGGUUUACCAGUGUAGCAGCUCAGAGCAGGCUCAGUCCAUCUGCAAGGUGCUGUCGACCUCUUUUGACUGCGUGCUGACAUCAGACAAGCCCUGAGGACAGAGAUCCUGUCAGGAGAACUGCAGAGUCAGUAACAGCUGAUAAAAAAUGUAACCAUUUCUGUUUUUUUACCCAAGUUUUAAGUGCAGUGCAAAUCUGAGUGUUGUUUUUUUUUUUAGUCAAAGUCUCGUCACCUCUCAAAAUAAAUUUAGGAGCCAAAAGUAAAUCGUAGACAGGCGAGAAAACACAAGAUUUUUGUUUUUAAGAGCUUUUUAAAGUCAAUGAAAUCCUAUUUAUUAUACAUGGUAAAAUGGUACAGGUAUACGUCAGCCUGUGCAAACUCAUGGGAGACAUUAACAUGCUCAGUGGUUCACAAUUUUGUUCUCUCUUCACGUGGAAACCACUCAGAUCUUUGUGUGUUUUUGUGAACAAAAGUAUUGGUACAGUAGCGGUCACUAUCUGACAAGAAGGUACAAAGGUCACAAAGAGUAGAUACGUAGUAAGUGUAUUUAGACAAGAAAAAUCCUAUUCCACUGUUUGUUUACAUUUGUGGUACUAACUGAAUUGCUGCAUUACUCACCAUGUCCUCAUCACCUUGUUCCAGUUAAGCUUGAGUCAUGAAACCGGUACAACAAUGUGUGAGUUUGAUAAACAAGUAUUUUACUGAUGAUUAAAAUGUCAUUUCACCUA